AUGCAGCAACAGCGCCACCACCACCAGUCGCAUUUCUCCGCCUCAGGCCCCACCACCCCUUUCGGGUCCACCGCCGUGGCACCCACCGCCAGCUCCGAAGCCAAGCGCGGCAAGAGGCGAGGCAGUUACAACUGCGGCCGGUGUGGCCAGCCCAAGAAGGGCCACUCCUGCCACCUACCCGCCGCCGAUGAAUCCUUCGUCGCCGAUGUUCCGUCUCCGUCCGAUCUCUCCGUACCCCCUCUGCCUCCACGUAAGCCCUACUCUCACCUCCGCCGAGCUCUGUCGUUCGACGACGACGUUGAUAGCUCUGGAUGGGGCGGAGGAGGUGGCGGCGAUUUUGACUCACCGGAUCCCGACUCCGAUGAGAUCGAUGACCUUGUGGUGGAUUCGGAGUCGGGUACGGGUUUAUGCGGUCUGCCUGCGAGCUGUCUUUGGGAUAUUUUGAAGAGGCUGCCGCCGCCGGAGCUGUUGUCGGCGGCAAUGGUGUGCAAGGGGUGGAAGGAGACGACAAGGAGGCUGUGGAAGGCUGCGGAAAUGCUUAGGAUUAGGGUUCCGGCGAGGGCUCAAGUCGGGCUUGUUGGAUCGGUGUUGCAAAAGUGCCCGGGCCUGGUUAACCUCUCUCUUAGAAUGGAAAGUGAUGUGGAUGCAACAUUGCUGGCCUGGAUCACAUUUUCAUGCCCAAAUCUUGAAUUCCUGGAGAUCACUACUUCUGAAACGGCUAUCAAUCGAAUCACCGGUGAUGAGCUGGGUCGUUUUGUUGCUGAUAGAAGAUUACUGAAAAGCCUUAAGAUGGAAGGUUGUUCUAAUUUAGGCGGAUUUGCUCUUUCUUCAUCAAGUCUUUCUACAAUUUGGCUUUCUGGUCUUCACUCCCUUUCUAAGAUGGUUUUUAAUUGCCCCAAUCUAAAAGAGAUUUCUGUAGACUUUUCUAGCCAUGAAAAUGAUAAUACGGAUCUUGUUACCAUGGUUGAUGCUCUGGGAAGGAACUGCCCAAGGUUACAAAACAUACACAUUGCAUCAAUCCAGCUUUCCAAUGCUGUUGUUCUUGCCCUUACAGCUGCACAAUUAAGGGGGUUGAGAAUGCUUUCUCUUGUUCUUGGAUCUGAUAUCACUGAUGCUUCUGUUGCUGCCAUUGCUUCAAGUUACCCAAACUUAGAAUUGCUUGACCUGAGUGGAUCUAGCAUCACUGAUAGUGGCAUUGGAAUGAUUUGCAAUGUGUUCCCUGAUACUCUUUCAAGACUACUGGUUGCUCUUUGUCCUAACAUCAGUGCAAGUUUUAUUCAAUUCGCCACAGCUCAACUGCCUCUUCUUGAACUCCUGGACUGUGGCAUGACCAUAUGUGAUCCCAACUCUCUGGAUUCAACAUCCGAGGAAACCACUGGCUUUGAAUUGGCACAAACAUCCAAUGCUAAAGUACACCUUAGUUACCAGAAGCUGAUCAUUAAACAUGGCCGGCUGAAAAAACUCAGCUUGUGGGGCUGUUCUGGCUUAGAUGCUCUAUAUUUAAACUGCCCUGAACUUAAAGAUCUGAAUUUGAAUUCUUGCAAAAAUUUGUACCCAGAGAGAUUGGUGCUUCAGUGCCCCAAUUUAGAAAAUGUGCAUGCAUCAGGUUGUCAAGAAUUGUUUAUUGGGGCCAUCCAGAGCCAGGUCAAUAAUAACUUUGCUGGUGUGGAUAGCUUAUUACCAUGUAAGCGUCUAGCCGAUGGCUCAAAGAGGGUUCGGGUGCCACAUUUUCUUAGUGCACAGUCAUCCGACGACGAUAAGAAGCGAAGAAGGGUUGAGAGGCCGAAAUGCAAUGUGCUUGUGUUCUGA